AUGGAUCGGAAGCCGACAGUCGCGCGGCUGGGACGGUCGGCGCUGCCGUGGCUGCUGCUGGUGUUGCUGGUGUGGCCGCGGCUGGCUCUGGGCGCGCUCCCUUUCGGCAGCGGUCCGCACCGGGUCUUCCCUGACCUCCUUUCAGAGCAGCAGUUGCUGGAGGCGGAGGACUUGAGCCUGUCCUUGUUGCGGGGCGGCGGUCUGGGGCCACUGUGGCUACCCUCGGACCUGCCCGAGCUGGAUCCGGAGUGCCGGGAGCUGCUGCUGGACUUCGCUAACAGCAGCGCGGAGCUGACCGGGUGUCUGGUGCGCAGCGCCCGGCCCGUGCGCCUCUGUCAGACCUGCUACCCGCUCUUCCAGCAGGUCGUCAGCAAGAUGGACAACAUCAGCCGAGCCGUGGGGAACACUUCUGAGAGUCAGAGUUGUGCCAGAAGUCUCUUAAUGGCAGAUAGAAUGCAAAUGGUUCUGAUUCUCUCUGAGUUUUUUAAUACCACCUGGCAGGAGGCAAAUUGUGCAAAUUGUUUGGCAAACAACAGUGAAGAAUUAUCAAACAGCACAGUACAUUUCCUCAGUCUGUUUAAUCACACUUUGACCUGCUUUGAACAUAAUCUUCAGAGGAGUCUUCUAUCACCAAAGAAUUACUCAGAAGUCUGCAAAAACUGUCGCGAAGCAUACAAAGCUCUGAGCAGUAUGUACAGUGAAAUGCAGAGAAUGAAUGAACUUGAGAAUAAGGCUGAACCUGGGACACACUUAUGCAUUGAUGUGGAGGAUGCUAUGAAUAUUACUCGAAAGCUCUGGAGUCGAACUUUCAACUGUUCAGUCCCCUGCAGCGACACGGUGCCUGUGAUUGCUGUCUCUGUGUUCAUUCUCUUCCUGCCUGUUGUCUUCUACCUUAGCAGCUUCCUGCACUCAGAGCAAAAGAAGCGCAAACUCAUUCUACCCAAACGUCUCAAGUCCAGUACUAGUUUUGCAAACAUUCAAGAAAAUUCAAACUGA